AUGGCUCGCGUUCCGGCUCUUCUUCUGCUCGCCUGCCUGCUUGGAUUCUACCUGAUCAACGUGGCCCGCGCCGACUGCUACCGGUGCGUAGAUGGCGACCUUGGGCCCCUUUUCGCUAUCGCCAUCAACCCCGACUACAACUACCUCGACGGCGCUUACAUCCAGUCGCACAAGAAUUGCACCACGGUUGAGGAAAUCACAGAAAAGUCGCCGGGCGACAAGUGCAUCCAGGCGUACUUUAUUGGCAAAGAACGCGGCGAAUACAAGCACGCCAUCUUGCGAAACACUGCGUCCAACGCGUUUCUGGCGAAGGGCUGGAAGGUGGGCAGCGAGGUGAAGCCGGCCGAGGCCCCAAUGAUUCGCUACGUGGUGGAUUCGUGCGAGGGGCAUCUGUGCAACAAGAUGCCCAUGGAGGAGUUGGAGCAGCUGGCGAAGAGCACCAACCGCAUCGGCUACACCAUGAUCGUGUUCCCCGUCGUCGCCUGCCUCAUCACCCGCAUUGUC